AUGCCUCGGCAAAGAUUGUUCACUUCGCUCCCAGGGCUCUCGUACCAAUUCCGUCAAGUACCGCGCCGACCGAUUUCGAUUACCCAGUGGACACCAUCGAGACACUUCCCAUGGCGCUCAGCCACAGAACGGACUGUCGCAACUGCACCCUUGAGGCUGGAAAAGGUACACGGGCUGACUGUCUUCCUAAAGUGCGGAAAUGUUGUCCAUGCGAUUCUGAAGAACUCUCAGUGUUGGUGUGUUGACGGCGUUUCGAAGUUUGUUUUGCGCAUUCGCCCGCUCACAUAUUAUCGCAUCGAGCUGCCGUAUGACUCGAAAGAAGAAAAGGAAUCAGUGGAGGAACUCAAAAUCUUAUUGCCAACUGUACUGCGAUACGAAGUCACGCCAUGUCCUUUCAAGCGUGCCUUCACUGUCGAGAUCCCCGAAGAUGCAAUGGCGCCGCGUCGCAAAAAGGCUUGGCGACCAAAGGACCGCAAAGACUGUCUUCUUUCAGUCCCCGGAGGCAACCAGAGCUCGCCUUCGGAAGGCAGGUCAGAAUGUCUCGACUCUGCCAGUACUGGAGAUGACACCGAUGGAUGCGUCACGGAUGAUAGUAUGGGCCCCCAGGCCGCUAAGAGCACAACACCGGAGCCUUCACCACCUGGCGAUGAGUCCCCAGUAUUCACCAAUACCUUUGAGCUCCCGAUACAACCGAAAGUCGCCGGGCACUCAGUGACUGAAAACCCGCAAACCUUCACCAGCCUUCGAGCAAAGUUUGAUUCGAGACCUGUGCCAGGAGAUCCCUUACCCCAAGGGGAAACCCAAGUUCCUGCACAGAUUGAAUCUGCAGAGCAGAUACCUGUUGCAGAGCUUGUUCAGGCUUCGGCUUUAGAGGCGAGUCCGACGGUGAAUACUGCGCCUGGUUUGGACGAAGUUCCAAUUGAAGGAGAGAUCCUCACUCAGGAAGAUGCUCCGCCCCUGACUUCGACUCGUGACAAUACAGUUCCCCCAGAUGAGCCUUCAGCCCAACAUGGAAUUCCUUCCGUGCACAAAGAGAAAGAAAUGGUUCCUCCUUGUCUUGUUUCAGACCCUGGCAAGGACAUAGAAGCAUUAACAGACGCCCAAGCCGGUGACCAUCUAGUUCUAGAGGAUAGCAUACCGACGGAGCCUGCAUCGCAAGGUGAAAGCCUGACCACAGAGUCUAUAUUCCCAGAAGCCUCUCCCGUGUCCAGCUCAAGCGUUGCCCCCAAGGACCUUCGAGUUCUGCAAGAAAUCUCGUCUAAUCAAAGUGCUGUUACAAAUGCCCAUACUGCAGAGGAGGCCCUUGUCGCGGCCAAGGCCACCAUCCCUGGGAUGAAGUGUGCUUUGGACGUCCCGAACUUGAAACUUCCUACUUUAAAGCCACGUUCGAUCUUUGAUCGCGAACUCGAUACCGAGCAUGACGAUUCGUUCUCGUCUACGACUGAUUCAUUCCACUCGGCGGAUCCUACCUCGCCCUCGGAUUCAAUCUCCACUCAUUCAACACCCGAAAAACAACGUGACCUAUCCGAAGCAGGAUCCUACCUAUCUGGGUCAACUGAGAAUUCCUUACUGUACAAGCUGGAUGACUUCCCAGCCCUAGACACUUUAGCGAGCAAUGGCUCUCCAAUUGCAUCUACGAAUUUUGUCUAUUACGAAGCUCGAGAAAUACCCCGAAAGCCUUCUUGGUCGACUUAUUCGGGUAUCAAGACGGAUUCGCCGCCUGUGGCCAAAGAGGCAUCUCCCCCAAUGGAUCUCAGCCAUAUGAGCACCGAGUUCCGCCGCCGAGCACAGACAACGAGACAGCGCGAUGUCUCCCCGAUGCCUCCCUCUUCCGCGAUCUAUCAACCAAACAGAGGCCUAGAAGCCAAGUCUAUAUUCUCAAAGACCCUCGCCCUUGUGCUUGUUCCGCCGAUAUCUCUGUUUAUCAUCUUGCUGCAUAUCACGGCGCGAAUUGUUAUCAAUCCUGCUGCUAGUUCAUUCUCAGGUGAGCCCACGUCAGGCUCACGUCCAGCCAUAAACGAGCCCACCACCAAGGAUGAUGAUUUCGAUUUCCCUCUGGAGCGUGAAACUUCUUCUGAAUACGAAGACGCAGAGAUUACCAGGAAGUUAGACCCCUGGGAGCUCGACUAA